UUCCUGACGCACCGGGACCAAAUUCAAGCCCCGAGAUGUUUCUGUCUGCUGCUGUUCGCUCCGCAGUGUCGCAGGCGGCCAGGCAGGUCAGAAGUCUGCAUCAGUCUGCUGUACGUGCUGGAGCUGGUGGUAUUUUUGUGCACAGAGAUACUCCUGACAACAACCCUGACACUCCUUUUGAGUUCACUGAGGAGAACAAGAAGAGGAUUGAGGCGAUCCUUUCAAUGUACCCAGAAGGACACAAGCAAGCAGCCACCAUCCCUGUGUUGGAUGUGGCCCAGAGGCAACAUGGAUGGCUCCCCAUUUCUGCCAUGAACAAGGUUGCUGAGGUGCUGGAAAUCCCUCCAAUGAGAGUGUAUGAAGUAGCGACGUUCUAUACUAUGUUCCUGCGCAAGCCUGUGGGAAAACACUUCAUUCAGAUCUGCACGACAACACCCUGCAUGCUCUGCAACUCGGACAGCAUCCUGGAGGCCAUCCAAAACAAACUGGGUAUCAAAGUUGGGGAGACUACGCCAGACAAGAUGUUCACCCUAAUAGAAGUGGAAUGCCUGGGUGCCUGUGUGAAUGCUCCAAUGGUCCAGAUCAACGACAACUAUUAUGAGGACCUUACACCUAAGGACAUUGAGGAUAUUAUUGAUGAGCUUAAGGCAGGCAGAAUCCCUCCACCAGGACCCAGACUUUUGUUCUUUUCUACAGGAGUGGGCCGUUUCUCCUGCGAGCCUGCAGGUGGACUGACUUCACUGACAGAACCUCCUAAAGGGCCAGGAUUUGGUGUAAGACCGGACCUGUAGACAUUUCUGGGCCACUGUCUGCGUGCCACAAAGGCAAGCUGUCAGUGAAACUGUUAUGUUUAACUCAAACAUACUGUGUAAAUAAAAUGUUCCUGUACAUGUUC